CUGAAGUGAAAGGACGUGAACGCGUAAAAAAAUAAUUAUUUCUGAUAUCAUAAAAAAAAGCUUUAAGCUUUAAAAAGAAAAACAUUAAUAAAAUGUUUAUAUUGGUUUGAGCACUACAUAACAUAGUUUACAUGUAAAUAUCACAAAUUGCGAGAGAAUAAAAAAUUCUUUGAAUUAGAAUUUUUAAACAAAUAAGUUUAUUUCGUAUUGAGUAGUGAUAUUAUCACAAAAAAAGCUUCCAAAUGAAGAUGGCAUCCCAAAGAUUUUGCUUACGAUGGAACAACCAUCAAAGUAACUUACUUUCGGUGUUUGAUCAACUUUUACAUGCAGAAACAUUUACGGAUGUCACGCUGGCCGUUGACGGACAAUAUUUAAAAGCACACAAAAUGGUACUUUCUGCUUGUAGUCCCUAUUUUAAUAAUCUCUUUGUUAAUCAUCCUGAAAAACAUCCGAUUGUCAUACUUAAGGAUGUUCCUUAUUCCGAUAUGAAAUCGUUACUUGAUUUUAUGUACCGCGGUGAGGUAUCAGUUGAUCAAGAACGUUUAACUGCAUUUCUACGAGUUGCUGAAAGCUUACGGAUUAAAGGUUUAACAGAAGUGAACGAUGAUAAACCUUCAGCGCCUGAACCAACACCUCCACCACAAUUGCAACGUAUACAACCAUAUUUAGUGCAACAGCAGCAACAACAACGUAAUAAAUCGCAAAGCAAUUUCGUCAAUAAUAAUAACAAUAACAACAAUGCGCCUCAAAUGCAAACACAACAGUCUCUGUUAAGUUCUGCUCUUGCUUCGAUGCCAAAGCGAAAACGUGGAAGACCGCGUAAACUAUCUGGCAGCUCGAAUGGCACUGGCAAUGAUUACGAUGAAUUCGAACGUGAAGGCAUGUUAAAUGACUCUGAUAUGGGCGAAAGAAAAUUGAAUGAAUCUUUCUCCGGUAAUGAUGAUGGUUCAGAUGAUAAUCAACGCGACUCCUUCGAUAAUGACAACGAUAUGGAUGAUAACCGAGAUAGUUCCACACAAGUAAAGAAACAAAAAAUAUCAAAGGAAAUGAUGAAAGCACAACAAAAUGACGACAACAGCACCUCUGAUGGACACGAUAGUGAUUGUGAUGAGCAAAUGGAUUCAUCUUAUAUGGAACCGCAACUCAUGUUAGACGAAUACGAUGAACCUGUCGAGUUUAAGUUCGAUCCAAAUGCCAAUUCAACUCAAGACAAUGCAAUGAUGCAGGCUAACCUAACUGAACAGCAGCAACAACAAGUGCGGCAACAAGCCAUCUUGUUGGCCACCCAUCAAAAACAACGACAACAUCUCGCUGAAGCGGCAGCGGCUGCUGCUGGUGGCAUGAAAAUGUCUGCUGUUAUUGGCUCCGGUUCAAUACCGGGUACUGUUACAUUAAUUAAUCAAAUGGUCAGUAUUCCGAAAUUGACACCAAUUGGCAAAGUUUCAAAACCAAAAGUCAAUAAACGCGCUAAAAUAAAACAAAAUGGCGUAAGUGGCAAUGGACAAGGUAUCGAUACAAAACCAAAUAAUGAUCACACAAUCAAGAAAAAAUAA